AUGUGCCACUUUCAGGUCUCCUCACACACUGCUGGUGUGUUGAAUUUUUUGUCAUAGGGUGCUGGCAGAUUACGGGCCUCCUAUAGCUGCUGCCAGGCCCCUAAUCUGCCAUGGGCCCCUAUACCGCCUCCUCAUGCUGCUGCCAGGUCCAGAGUCUCUCAUGGGUCCCUGUACGGCCUCCCAUUGCUGCUGUCUCCAUCGCCACACUCUGCCAUGUGCCACUUUCAGGUCUCCUCACACUCCUGCUGGUUUCCAUUUUGUCAUAGGUUGCUGUAUGGCCUCCCAUUGCUGCUGCCUCCACCGCCACACUGUGGCUCCAAACACUGGUUUUGGCCCCGUGACUGGCCAAAUGAGUGAAGUGUGCGGUGAUUCUAAGAUCGACGGCACUCAUCUGCAUGUCAUACUGACUGACAGUAUUAUUUCUCUUCCCCAGCAGACUCCAAGGGCAUUUAAAUUAAAGGUACAGUGUUCUGCACUAAUAUUA